AUGCCACCACGGAGAGCAGGCAGGCCGCGAGGCCGAGGACAUGGAAGGGGCAGAGGACAAGCCCGAAACAACCUCCCAAUCUAUGAAGGGGAAGUGCAAGAGGAGUGGAAUGAGGUAACACCACCUCCAUCGCCAGUUCCACCACCGCCACCACCCCAACCGCAGGAUCGUCGGGUCGAGGAAAUGUUUCUGAGACAGAACCCACCAACUUUUAACGGGUUAGGAGACCCAACGGUGGCAGAAACAUGGAUCCGCGCUUUGGAACGCAUAUUCGACUUUUUACACUGCACAGACCAGGAGCGGCUGUCCUGUGUGACUUUUCAGCUGACUGGACCCGCAGACUUUUGGUGGGAGGCGAGGAAAAAGACUAUGGCUCAAAUGCAACUAGGAGAGAUGACUUGGGAGGAAUUUAAAACUGAGAUCUAUGAGAAGUAUAUUCCCAAGAGCUACAGGAAGAAAAAGGAGACUGAAUUCUACCAUCUAAAGCAAGGACGAAUGUCAGUGACGGACUACGACCGGAUGUUCUGUGAGAUGGCUCGUUACGCCCCAGAUCAGGUAGAUACCGACGCCAAGAUGGCUGAAAAGUUAUGUACUGGACUUAGGCACGAGAUACGCAUGACGCUGGCUAGCCACGGAGGGCUGUCCUACACUGAGGCUCUGGGACGAGCACUGGACAUCGAGGCAGCCAUGCCAGGGGAAAAGACUACACCAGCUGUGAACCCUACUCCACCCCCGGCUCAGUCCCAAGCACCCAGGGACAAGAGGAGAUGGGAAGGACCACGAGCUCAACCUGAUCCUAAGAAGGGAGGGUAUGGACCAAGCAGGCCACAAUAUGGUGGAUACCAGACUACCCCUAGAUCUUUCAGGGGGAACAUGUCAAAAACCAGUCCGUGUCCUAGAUGCAAUAGGCUGCAUGGCGGCAUCUGCAAGGCAGGAGCUGAUACUUGCUUCAACUGCUGA